GUUUUGGAAUCGGGCGCCUCAGCGCGCCGGAAGCAUGUGACCGCGGAAGUUCCGGUGUUGUUUAUAAGGGGGGGAUAAACAGGAAUGGCGGAGGCAGCGGCGGCUCCUGCACCUCUCACAUCAGCAGCCGCGGCAGGGAAGGCCCCGCUGCCCGCUUUCCCCGAUAAUCCCCCCGUGGGUGGCUGGACUCGGCACGUCGCCUGCAGGUACUUCAUGCACGGCGUGUGUAAGGAAGGAAGUAAUUGUCGUUAUUCCCACGAUCUCACCAGCAGCCGAUCGACCAUGAUUUGCCGAUAUUUCCAGCGAGGCUGCUGCGCGUAUGGAGACCGCUGCAGGUACGAACAUACCAAGCCACUUAAGGAAGAUCUGAUUGGAAAUACCUCUACUGCGCGGAGCUGGCCGAGUGAGUCCCCCGCGGAACCGAGCAGCAAUAUAAACAGUAAGGCAGCUGAAUUGGCAGCUAGUGAGCUGGCAGCUGGGGGUCCACAAGCUGAAGACUGGGUCAAUGCCGUGGAGUUUGUUCCGGGGCAACUCUACAGUGGACGUGCCCCAGACGCCUACACUCAGGGAACUCAGAAAGAAGACGAGUGCAGGGAGCAGCCUGCCGACCCGGAGCUAAAGAAACAACUGUGCCCGUACGCCGCCGUGGGGGAAUGCCGCUACGGGGAGAACUGCGUCUACCUGCAUGGGGAUCCAUGUGACAUGUGCGGGCUUCAGGUGCUCCAUCCUGUGGAUACAGCUCAGAGAUCACAACACAUAAAGUCUUGCAUUGAGGCGCACGAGAAGGAUAUGGAACUGUCAUUCGCCGUCCAGCGGAGCAAAGACAUCGUGUGCGGGAUCUGCAUGGAGGUCGUGUACGAAAAGACCAACCCGGGCGAGAGGCGAUUCGGCAUCUUGUCCAACUGCAGCCACUCGUACUGUCUGAAAUGUAUCCGCAAGUGGCGCAGCGCCAAGCAGUUCGAAAGCAAGAUCAUCAAAUCUUGCCCAGAAUGUCGUAUCACUUCAAACUUCGUCAUUCCAAGUGAAUAUUGGGUAGAAGAGAAAGAGGAGAAGCAGAAGCUGAUCCAGAAGUACAAAGAGGCCAUGAGUAACAAAUCUUGCCGAUAUUUCGAUGAAGGCCGCGGGACCUGCCCAUUCGGGGGCAACUGCUUUUACAAACACGCUUACCCCGACGGCCGAAUCGAGGAGCCGCAGCCUCGGCAAAAGAGCGGAAUGUCCAGCAGAUAUCGGUCCCAGCGCCGGAAUCGGUUUUGGGACUUUGACGAGCGAGACGGCGCCGACCCGUUUGAGAAUGACGAGGAUGAAGUGGUGACGUUCGAGCUGGGGGAGAUGCUGCUCAUGCUAUUGGCCGCGGGGGCAGACGAGGACCUGACGGACUCGGAGGACGAGUGGGAUUUCUUCCAUGACGACAUGGACGAUUUUUAUGACCUGGACCUAUAGCGCCAGUCAGAGGAGUUUGGACUGUCUGGGCGGCAUCAGACAGUAGCUAUUUCCUGUGGUGUUUGGCAGUGCCGGUGUUCCUCCCGAGGCAGGCCUAUCAAUUCCAGGUGCUGUUGUAAUCAUUUUUAUCCCGAUGUCUAUUUACCCCCCCGGCCCCCCCGAGUGUGUGUUUCUGUUUCAAGAAAAAAAAAAUAAAAUUGAAAAAACAAAAAUCAGCA